CUGUGGUCAACCGGAAAUUAGCUAUCUCGUUUGUUGACUACGGAGUUUUUGCUAACCCCGUGCUAAUUUACAAGAUUUAGCAAGUUCAAUGAAAGUUAUUACUCUGCUAUGUGGAUUCCAGCUUGUAUUGAGAUUUAACAAUCUAUAUAAUAUUUAAAUGCUAUGCAACCUGUCAGAAUGUGGAUUGAAUUUAGAUUUAUCGGAUAAUCCUUCUGAACUAGUAAGCCUUUGGGCCUUCCGACCGCGGUGCUCAAGUGGACUACGACACCGGAUCUUGGGGGUGUUUACCAGUAGCAGCCGCAGAGUAGCAUCUAAUAAAGCAAUUAUUAACAACCUACCCUAAUAUGUCGCACACUGGUCCCCCUCCCCGGUGGCUUAAUUGCCCCAGAAAAGGGCAUAUUAUUGCAGAUAAAUUCCUACCGAUGAAAACAAUGUUGGGUCCCAGAUAUGAUGAUCAAGUUGAAGAGGCAAACAGGUUUCAUCCCAGCAUGCUGUUCAACCAUUUAAAGAGCCUAAAAGUGAAAAUGGGUUUGCUUGUGGAUUUGACCAACACUAACCGCUUUUACGAUCGCAACGACAUCGAAAAAGAAGGGAUCAAAUAUGUCAAGCUUGCGUGUAAAGGGCAUGGGGAAUGCCCUUCAAAAGAAAUAACAGCGACCUUCACGAGGCUCUGUGAGCUUUUUAUACAGAAGAAUCCCUCUGAAUUAAUAGGUGUUCACUGCACGCACGGCUUCAACAGGACAGGCUUUCUGAUAUGCGCAUACCUGGUGGAGAAGAUGGACUGGAGCACCGAGGCAGCUGUGGCUACUUUUACCCUGGCCCGGGCUCCAGGGAUCUACAAGGGAGACUACCUCAAAGAGCUCUUCCGUCGCUAUGGGGACGAGAAAGACGCCCCUCCGGCGCCAGCCCUCCCUGAUUGGUGCUUUGGUGAGGAUGAUGGGGAGGUGGAUGAUGACGGGAAUGCUGUUGGCCAGGAGCUGGGGCCCAGCUCCUCUGGGUCGGGACCUGGCAAAAGAAAGAAAGAAAAGCUAAAACUGGGUGCAGUAUUUCUCGAAGGCAUCACGGUUAAAGGCGUCACACAGGUCACCAGCCAACCCAAGUUAGGAGAGAUCCAAAGAAUGUGUCAGAAGAUGGCUGAGUGGGACAAGUCUGGUUUUCCCGGAGCCCAGCCUGUGUCCAUGGACAGACAAAACCUUAAUUUCCUUUCACAGAAUCCAUAUAAAGUGAGCUGGAAGGCGGAUGGAACACGGUACAUGAUGGUGAUCAAUGGGAAGGACGAAGUGUACAUGUUGGACAGGGACAACUCAGUCUUCCACAUAGCAAACCUUGAGUUUCCUUUCCGGAAGGAUCCGCGCGUCCACUUAUCAAACACUUUGUUGGAUGGGGAGAUGAUCAUCGACAAGGUGAAUGGUCAGCCUGUACCACGCUACUUGAUAUAUGACAUCAUCAAAUUCAAUGGACAGCCUGUGGGCCAGUGUGAUUUCAAUAUCAGAUUGUUAUGUAUAGAAAAGGAAAUAAUUUCUCCAAGGAUGGAAAAAAUGAAGACGGGACAGAUUGACAAAACCAAGGAGCCCUUCAGUGUCCGUAACAAGCCUUUCUUUGAUAUCCACGCUUCACGCAAGCUCUUGGAAGGCAGCUUUACAUCCCAGGUCAGCCAUGAAGUUGAUGGGCUUAUCUUCCAGCCAUGCGGGAGGUACAAGGCUGGGAGGUGUGAUGACAUCCUCAAGUGGAAGCCCCCCAACCUCAACUCUGUAGACUUUCGCCUCAAGAUCACCAAAGUAGGAGGAGAAGGGCUGUUGACACAGACCGUCGGGCUCCUCUACGUUGGCAAUUAUGACAUGCCCUUUGCAAAGAUGAAGGCCACCAAAGAGCUGAAACAGUACGACAACAAGAUUAUCGAGUGCACCUUUGCCAACAACACCUGGGUGUUCAUGAGGCAGAGGGUGGACAAGAGCUUCCCCAACUCCUACGACACCGCCAUGGCGGUGUGCAAAAGCAUCCAGGAACCCGUCACUAAAGCAAUCCUUUUGGAGUAUGUGGAUCGCUGCGCUCAAGGGGCUCAGAACCACAAACGCCCAUCAGACCCAGACUCUCAGCUAAUGCCCCCUCCCCCUCCGAAAAGAUCCAACCGAGACAUCCCGUAGCCUCCGGACUGACGCACAGAAACAGCAGAAUCACCAGCCCUACCUUCCCUACAGCAAAAACAGCGAAAGGCUUUUCAUACUGAACCACCAUUACUUUAUCAAACCCUCAGCGUCAGUGUUACACGUUUGACUUGUAAACUUCUUUGUAGCUUUAAUUGCCUGUGUUCUUAUUAAAAUGCUAAGCGUGACGAUGGUUAGGGUAUUUUUGUGACUGCAUUUCCUUUUGUCCUUUUGUUAUUCACUAAUUGGCAUUUGUCAACGGCAGCAUUAUGUCUGCAAAUAUCAUUUGACAGACCGUGUUUAUUUUUCUGCCAACUGGUUCCUUAGUUUCAUUUGAGAGAGCAGUAAACACCAUCCAACCUCAGGCUGUCGGAUUCAUGCAUUCAGUUUUCCAUCGUCGAUGUGUUGAAAUCCUUUGGGUUCAUUGAACAGAACUCUGAACUUUUUUUCUAUCAUACAUGUAAUCUGUUUAUGACUUUAAAUUAUUGCUUCUUAAAUCCAUCGACCAACUUUUGACUUGGAUCUCUGCUGUAGAAAAUCCUCCUGCUGAUGCUUUUUAAUGUAAAAAAAAUAACUUAUUUUUAUUUAUACGUCUACUUUUGUGUUUUUUAAACGCCAGUACAUAAACCAGACAAAAUUGGUUUUGAAAUGGAAAUUUAAAAAUCAGCUUUAUAGACCAAGUUUGAAUGACUGCAGUAGCGGAUGCUCUCACGUGCAAAGACAACACAAGCACACAAAAACAAGGCAUAAAUAGAUGUAAAAGAAUAAAAAUAGGAAAAAUAAAGAUCUAUGCAACAUGUAAACUGGUUUAAAAAAUUCUCAUGUGUUGUUUCGUACUCUGUGGGGGUCCAAGAGUUCAUGAGAGUGACAGCUCAGGGGAAGAAGCUGUCUUUGUGGCGUGUGGUUUUGGUGAACGCCAAACACCGACCGGAGGGAAGUACAAUAACAAAUAGAAAUAAAAGCAUUUUUGUGAAUCUGUAUUAGAUCAAUUUAGGAAAUUUGCACUACAAAAACCAAAUCUUUAUUUUUAAAAAAACCCUUCUUCAAGAAAACAAUGUGCUCAUUUCUGUCUUGUCGUAAAAUUUAAGAAAACACGUCUAAGUGACUAGAAUUUGUUUUCUCAAAAUUAAAAUUUUUGGUAAGGCAAUUUUUUGUACCCCGUUGGCAAAUUUAUUUUUCCUUAUUUAAAGAAAAUAUUUUCAAUUUUAAGAAUGUUUUUUUUUUACCUGUUUCGAUGUUUUUUGCAGUGUUGUCCUAAUUAGUUUUAACUUCCAGAUUGAAGCUUCCUUGAAAAUGAAACUAAAACAGGCCACAUGCAGUUCACCUAGCAAGCACUAGGGGCUCUUUACGUAAAAGUUGUCUAAUUUUGUAAAUAAAAUAGUUAUAGUUAC